GAGCGACUGUGGAGUGUCUGUAAUCUUUGGUUUGUUGUCAUUUUUUUUUCUACGGGGUAUCUGACAGCUGUGGGGCGUAGCUAUUAUGUCGCAUUGGUUUCAUAGAAAUGUUAUUAAAGCAACAUCUUUUGUUAAAUUUGAUAGUAAAAUGGUGGCUGAAGAUUACGAAGCUCUUAAAAUAUGCAGUGAUCUGAGGGAGAGCCGCCAGCGACUGCUGGAGCUGCUCCCCGACCCCAACCACGCUCCGGACGCAGUGGAGUCCGCCCUGAACCUGUACCUAGCUCUGCUGCACGGCUUCAUCACGUCCCUGGACGGGGGCCCGAGCAAGCUGCGAGGCAACUUCCUCUUCAGGUGGACCCACACGCUCCUGGGGAGCAGCCCUGAAAUACAACAAGAUACUGUGUUUGAAGCUGCCAACAUGUGCUGCAAUGUCGCCCUCUGGCACAUGAAGCAUGCAGCCUUGAUAGCUGCAAAGGACAACCUGGACAUGGAGGAAGCCAAGGACGUGCACAAGAGCCUGCGGAGGGCUGCCGGGGUGUUGGGCGCGGUGCAGAAGGAGCUGCUCCCUCAGCUGCGGCAGCCGGGGGCCAAGGCCGGGGACCUCGACCCCAGGGUGGCGGCUGCCUACCUCCACCAGUGCACAGCGGAGGCCCAAGAAGUCACGGUGGCCCGGGCUGUCGAGCUGAAGCAUGUGGCGAGCCUGGUGUCGGCCCUGGCCAACGAGACCUCCAAGAUGUUCACGGAGGCAGCGCACAGCUUGCAGAACGUGGAGCAGGCCGUCAAGUGGAGGAAGUACCUCGAAAUAAAGUCCGCCUUCUACCAAGCCUACGCAUACUGUUACUACGGGGAGAACCUGUUGUCUUUGGACCAGUGCGGAGAUGCCAUCAGAGCUUUGCAGGAAAGUCAGGCAAGCUACAAGAAGGCGGAGGAGCUGUGCCGGGAGUACGGGAAGCUGAAGGGCAAGGGCAGCAGCGCCAGGCCGGAGAACCACCCGUUCUUCAGGAAGCUGGGGCCCGUGGUGAGGCUGAUGCUGGAGAAGUGCGAGCGUGAGAACGGCUUCAUCUACCACCAGAAGGUGCCGGAUGACCCGCCGGAGCUGGAGAUCAAGGCCACGUAUGGCCUGGCUAGUCCUGAGGAGUUCCACUUGCCGCAGCCCAGCCCGCUGUGGACUCCCGUGACGUACAGCGCCCUGGACUCUGCCGGCCCCGCCUCUGCUGUCUCGGGAGCAGCAGCGAAGGCUGAGGGGGAGUUACCCCCGGUGAACGAGGUGAAAAUCCCAGAUGCCACCGAGGAGCCCAAGACUGAGAGCGGCUGCACUCUGCAGUGAAGCACGUCUUGUGACCAGUUGCGAACGACACUUGCUUAUAGCUUCCUGCUUAAACAAUCACAUGGUAGAGUUGGUAAGCACGCACGUUUGCAGUUACCUGGAGAAAAAAUUUCGUACUUUGUGAUAUGUAUCAUUUUAAAAUUUAAAUUUGCCACAAAAUGGCCAAAAUUUGAAAAAGAAAUCAAUUUUGUAAACUGGUUUACUAAAGUUUUUAUUUUUUUUUACCUGACUGGUAUGCGAAGAAUUUUUAACAAUAUUUUAUAGAACUAUAAUCAAUGUAGUAUUACAAAUGUAUUUUUUUUAGCCUUGGCUGUGUACUUUCUAAAGCCUCCGUUAUCUUUUAUAGCUUCUUGCAAGUCACUAAUGGACUCUGGCUUUCAUCAGUAGGUGUUUGCAAGUGCGUGUAGUGAAUGAAUUAAUGGUCUUGACAAUUUUUAUGCAAUUCAGCAAUUUUUCACAAUGUCAUGUCCAAACAAAACCUUCACUGUGCAUUGCAUAAAAAAAAAGAAUAGAGAUACAAGAUUAAAAGUUUGCUACCAAAGCUUUUCAGAUUUGUGUUCAGAUUUAGAAAACAUUGAAACAAAAAUCUACAGUAAUUUCCCCCCACAUUUUCUCUUAUGGUAAUGUUAUUUUCUUUUUACUGCACACAGCUGUUUUUUUUUUAAAACGGAUACUGUAAAACUGGCCCCUUAAAAGAGAAAAGUGGUAAGAGUUGGUAAGCUAUAAUUUAUUGCUUGUAGUGGCUGCAAGAAAUGAAAAUUUCGAAGCCUGCAAAUUAUGUAAUCAAUGUUAUUUUACCUAUGUCCAUUUAUGCUGAAAUAAUUUACUGCGGAAGGUCGGUCAGCAUGCUUGACAUCUAACAUGGAUUUUUCAUCGGUGCUGACCCAAAGUUAGCAUGGGUCGGUCAGUGGCUGCUGAAUUUUGAAAGGCAGUGACUACUGCAUAUGCUCAAAGAGAAUAAUAAAUAGAGGUAGGAGGAUGAUUCAACACAACUCUUGCUACACUUUUUUGGGAAUAGCUUCGUGUCCUUCAUCUCCAUGACUUUGACUAAUGGCAUCAUUCACCCCAUCACUCUGUAAGUCUUGACAUAUUCUUCCCACAAAACAUUUUAUCUGUGUGGAAUCCUGCACGUUGAAAAUACAGUAUUUACAGUUUGGUGUGGAUUGGAACUGGUGGCCAUUAUGCCAAAUACUGAGAUGGUUCUUAAAUUAUAAGCACUAUGGGAAAACCUUUCACAUCUGCCUCGUUUCUUUUUCACAAGCAAUUUCAGGUCUGAUCUGCCGACCACUGCAAGACCAUUAUUUGUAACAAACACUGGAAGGAAUAUAUAUAUAUUUAUUCCUUCGAGUGUUUGUUACAAAUAUUUUUUUGCACUGCAAGCACAAGAUGGUAGCUUUUAUACUUUGUGUGCCUUUAGUGUGUCAUGUUACUUAAUGUAUUUGGCAACUAAUAACAAGUUUGCCCAGACUAUGCAGCAGAUAACAAGUUAUUUCUCGUAGAAAUAUUUUCUUAUGUUGUUAUUGAUGGAUUCUAAACAAAGUUUUAGUUACAUGUUAUUGUAUUAUAACAUUUACGCGUGUUAUUGAUUAGGGAUCUGCAAGUACAUAUAAUUAUAAGUUCUUUAGGCUAACUUUCAGUUUAUGAAGCCAAGGUAUAUUUAAAUCAGAUUUUAUUGUAAGUUUUUUUUAAAGCCUUAGAAUUGGUCAAUCUGUGUAAAAUAAAAUUAGUUUUGAGUUGUGCAGAACUUGCAGGUCUCACUAUUGUUUAUUUUAAUUUUAAUAUGUAUUUAUGUUUAAUAAAAAAAUAUUUGUAACAACA